UUUUUAUACUGACCCAUUACGCCCCUCUGCUUACGUUACGUAGCUGUGCACUUGUGUGUUUACGUAGUUACCCACAACAACAGUAGUAGACGCUGAGCCAUCAUCACAGUUUUGUUUUCUAUUUUUCCGCCCUACAAUGAAGGAAUUCGACGAUUUUAACUUUAGCGUGGACAAGUAUACCAAAGAACUGACACGCGAAUGUGUCGGAGGCAGCGAUUUGCAGCAACGCAAGAAGGAAAUCGAGGCGUACAAUGAGCAAACGUCGGCAACGCUCAAGCAAACAUGCAAAAAGAACUAUAUGCAGUUUAUACAAACCGCCAAGGAGAUAUCACGUAAUACAGUUUAUGUUCAUACAGAUUAUUCCCUUCUUCAAUCAAUUCAACCAAUUCUUACAGAUCUCGAGUCGGAGAUGUAUCAGCUGUCGCAUAUUCUUAUCGAGCAACGCAACAUCUUGGCCACCAUGACAGAUGGCAAGAUGAGCAGCCAACUAAAGGCGAACGACAGCCUUGAGGCUGCAGAGGCAAACGCCGCCGCAGCCACGGAGGAUGUGGAGAACAGUCAUGCAACACGAGCCGUUAAAGAAAUGGUGCAGGGUUUCAAUGGCAAUUUGGAAGGCAAGACAUUCCUCAACGAGGGUGCGCUCAUCGAGCUGGAUGGCAAUGACUAUCGCCCUAUACAGCGUGUUUUCUUUUUCCUCUUCAACGAUGUACUGAUUGUCUGCAAAGUGAAGCACGAUAAGCGUCUGGAGUUCCUCACUGAGUAUGAUCCCAAGAAGAUUGCUGUCAUCAACAUCAAGGAUCUGGAUGGCGUCAAAAAUGCAAUCAACAUUAUCACUCCCGACGGUUCCAAGAUCUAUCAGAGCAUCACGGCAGCAGGCAAAAGCGAAUGGAUUGAAAAGUUGGAGGAAGCGUUUCGCUUUGAUCAGCAGAAGAAAUCGAAGAAGGGUCAAGCGCCACAGCCACCAGGACGCACCAAGCAGCAGCAGACGCCCUCAAAGAGCACCACACCCGAGAAGCUGCAGGAUCAGAGUCCCAGCGAUGCGCAACCGAAAUCGCUGGAGGAUGAAACGCCAGAGUGGCUGAGCACGGCCAGCGAGGAGCUGCAAACGCUGGUGGCCCAACGACACUUUGAGGACGCCCAAGCGCUUAUAAAGCGCACCCAGGAUUUUCUGCGGCAGGCUGACAGGAAGAAACUGCCGCAAGCGGAUGCCAUCGAGAGCAAGGUGAAGCAACAGGAACAAAAGCUAACUAACGUCCUCAUCCAGGAGCUGUCAAACAGUCACAAUCGCAAUCUGCAAAUUGCCUUGCGUGCCGCUCGACGGCCGCUCAAGAUUCUAGUGGAGAUGGGACGCUCCAGGCAGGCAAGUGCCACUCUACUCAAAGUGUGCACAGUUAGUCUGCGUGUGGCACAGCGUGAGGCACGCCGCAACAAUGCCGAAAUCUCCGAGUUAUUCUUCUGCGAUCUCACCCAAGUGGCCUGUGACUUUCUCAGCGCCUUCGAGCAGCAGCCGGCUUGUGUUAGCGCUCUUGUGGUGUGGUGCAAUGCAGAGCUGCAGUACUUUGCUAGCCAGCUGAUCAAACACUACCUGACCAAAGGCACCUCACUGGAGGCGGUGGCCAAGUGUGUGGAACGCGUGCGUAAACCUGCCACCAAGCUAACCGAGAUUGGUCUGGACAUCAGUUAUCACUUGGAGGGUCUGUUGCGCACCACUUUGGAGUCACUCAUCGAAGAGUCGAAGCAACGUUUGCUGGAUGCUGUCGGACGCACUGAGGAGAGCUGGCAGCCUUAUAAUCUACAAACCAAGUCGAACCUCAAGCGGCUGCUGCAUGAGCUGGACACUUUGGGCAUUGAUAUGCGUGCCCAGGCCACAGGCGACACCUGGUUGAAUUUGACACAAUCCACGCUGGUCUUUGUGCGGCAAUUCCUUCAGCUGACCGAGUACUGUGGCUGUCUAGCCAAGGGCGAGGCUCUGAUGCAGAGUCUGGAGCAGCUUCUACGUGAUCUAUUUUUGGCACAACACGCGCUGAAACCACCUAGCGACUUGGCUGUCGAUCCUAACUUUGUGAUGAAGAACAAAGUGUUCCUGGUGGACAACCUGCUGCCCAUUGCCAUCGAUAAGUUUCGUCAGAUUUCGGGUCGCCAAUGUGAGAUGUUGCGUGAGCUGCACACUAAGCUGGCACGUCAGCAAGGAGCUCCAUUGCCACGACAGCGCAGCGUUUACACAACAGAUGUGUUCUAGAGGACUACUCUACUGACUAUAUAUAGUUUAGUUUACUUUGAUUACAUAUAUAAUUUUUUAUUUUUCUUUUUCGUUUUGCUUCAAUUAUUUAUAAUAUAAUUAUAUACAUAUAUAACCACAAUAAUAAUAAUAAUAUUUGUAAAAUUAAAAAUCGAAGCGUGUGCUGCACUCUAUUCUGUUUUCUUUUUUGUUUUGUUUUGCUUAUUACAAUGUUUCGCUGGGCGCGAGAUGUGCCCACAUUCUAUAUAU